GGUGGGGCGGGGGGAGACGAGUAUAUAAACAGAUGUGAAACAACAGAGCAGAGGCCAGAGGCAGCCGAGCAGAGCAAAGAGCGGAUCCUGAACUGCAGAGGCUUUGGGAAUCAGCCACAAUGAGGGAAAUAGUCCACAUCCAGGCCGGGCAAUGUGGGAACCAGAUCGGAAGCAAGUUCUGGGAGGUGAUCAGCGAUGAGCACGGAAUAGAUCCCGUUGGCAAUUACAAUGGGGAUUCAUAUUUACAACUGGAGAGGAUUAAUGUCUAUUACAACGAAGCCUCCUCCCAGAAGUAUGUCCCGAGGGCCAUUUUGUUGGAUCUGGAACCGGGGACGAUGGACAGUGUCCGCUCGGGAACCUUAGGACAACUUUUCAGACCCGAUAACUUCAUUUUUGGGCAGACGGGUGCAGGAAACAACUGGGCCAAAGGGCAUUACACAGAAGGCGCUGAGCUGGUGGACUCGGUGAUGGACGUACUGAGGAAGGAGUGUGAGAACUGUGACUGUCUGCAGGGUUUCCAGUUGACGCACUCCCUGGGCGGGGGCACAGGCUCGGGGAUGGGGACGCUGCUGAUCAGUAAGAUCCGGGAGGAGUUCCCCGACCGUAUCAUGAACACGUUCAGUGUCAUGCCGUCUCCCAAGGUGUCGGACACGGUGGUGGAGCCCUACAACGCCACCCUGUCCGUGCACCAGCUGGUGGAGAACACCGACGAGACUUACUGCAUCGACAACGAGGCCCUGUACGACAUCUGCUUCCGCACCCUCAAGCUGACCACGCCCACCUACGGCGACCUCAACCACCUGGUGUCGUCCACCAUGAGCGGCGUCACCACCUCACUGCGCUUCCCGGGGCAGCUGAACGCCGACCUGCGCAAACUGGCGGUCAACAUGGUGCCCUUCCCCCGCCUGCACUUCUUCAUGCCCGGCUUCGCCCCCCUGACCAGCCGCGGCAGCCAGCAGUACCGGACCCUCUCCGUGCCCGAGCUCACACAGCAGAUGUUCGACGCAAAGAACAUGAUGGCGGCCUGCGACCCGCGGCACGGCCGGUACCUCACCGUGGCCGCCAUCUUCCGCGGCUCCAUGUCCAUGAAGGAGAUCGACGAGCAGAUGCUGUCGGUGCAGAGUAAGAACAGCAGCUACUUUGUGGAGUGGAUCCCCAACAACGUCAAGGUGGCCGUGUGUGACAUCCCUCCUCGCGGCCUCACCAUGGCCUCCACCUUCAUCGGCAACUCCACCGCCAUCCAGGAGCUCUUCAAGCGCAUCUCGGAGCAGUUCUCUGCCAUGUUCAGGAGGAAGGCUUUCCUGCACUGGUUCACGGGCGAGGGCAUGGACGAGAUGGAGUUCUCGGAGGCCGAGAGCAACAUGAAUGACCUGGUGUCGGAGUAUCAGCAAUACCAGGACGCCACGGCCGACCAGGACCAGGACUUCGAGGAGGAAGAGGAGGAGCGCGAGGAGAUCCAGUGAGCGUUUUUCAGAGGCAACAAACACUUGUUAAAUAAUAAUAGCGACAGCAACUUGCAUUUAUAUAGCACCCCUCACACAGGGCAGUGCCCCAGAGAGCUUGAUAAUAAGAGGAAUAAUACUCCCUCCCCCCAAAAAAAACAAACCAACAAAUAAAU